AUGUCUUCCGCCGACCCCAAACUCUUCCAUCCAAUCCGUGUUGGAAACAUCAACCUCCAACACCGAAUUGUAUUGGCCCCGCUCACGCGUUGUCGCGCCAACGCAGAGCAUGUACAUGGUGACUACGCCGUGGAUUACUACUCUCAGCGUGCGAGCGUCCCAGGCACGCUGCUCAUUACAGAGGCCACAUUUAUCGCCCCUCAGGCAGGUGGAAACACGAACGUCCCUGGCAUCUGGUCAGACGAGCAAGUCGAAGCUUGGAAGAAGGUCACGGACGCAGUUCAUGUCAAGGGCUCGUUCAUAUACCUUCAACUCUGGGCCCUCGGACGUGCAGCGGACCCCACGAUCCUCGCCGAAGAGGACCCCUCUUUCCCAUACGUGUCCUCUGGCAACAUCCAGAUGACCGGCGCCCCGUACCCCCCACGGCCGUUGACGAUCGCAGAGGUCAAGGAAUACGUCCAGCUGUACGCGACGGCCGCGUCCAACGCUGUCCAUAGAGCAGGCUUCGACGGUGUCGAGAUUCACAACGGGAACGGGUACCUUCCCGAUCAAUUUUUACAGGACACGGCGAAUAACCGGACGGACGAGUACGGAGGGUCAAUCGAGAACAGGGCUAGAUUCUCGCUCGAGGUCGUCGACGCCGUUGCAAAAGCAGUGGGCGAAAAGGUCGUCGGCAUCCGUUUCAGCCCAUGGGCCCCCUUCCAAGAUAUGCGCAUGGCGGAUCCCAUCCCCACAUUCUCUCAUCUGAUCACCGCGAUUCGCGACCGACACCCCGAGUUUGGCUACGUGCACCUCGUCGAGCCCCGUAUCUCGGGUGACGGAGAUAGCCACGUAGGGCACCCACACGAUCUAGAAUCGAACGACAUCUUUCGGGCCUUGUGGGGCCCCAGACCGUACCUCACUGCCGGGGGGUACAAUCGAAGCAGCGCCAUCAAGGUGGCCGAAGAGAAGGGCGGCCUGAUCGUAUUUGGCAGGCAUUUCCUCGCGAACCCUGACCUCCCGCUGCGGUUGAGAAAGGACCUUCCUCUGACGCCAUACCACCGCGAGACUUUCUAUCACCCGAGGAAUAGCCCGAUUGGCUACACCGACUAUCCAUUCACCAAGGAAGAACCCCAGAUCGCCGGCAUCGCAUAA